CCAACUGAGCUAGACGGGCUGCCUGCUCAAGAUAUUUGUGUUAGUAUAAUUAGUACGUUUUGAGAACUUGAACUUCCUUUCCCUCGCUUGUUUUGGCUUAACCAGCGGUCCGAUCCGAGUUUCACUUUUACAGCAGCAGUCUUCAACUAACUCGUAAAGAAAUCUUGUCAAGCCUUCAAGCUUCCGCUACAGGCGAUGGUAUAAUCCGUGUAGGUAAACGGCUUUAACAGAAACAGGGUUGACAACGAAUGGAGCUCCUGUGGACGAUCGCGGAGCUCUUCUUCGCCCUGAUUCUCAUCGUUGCUUCGCUGUUCCUCUCCGCAAUGUUCUUCGAAGCCUACCGAAGAAGAAACAACAACAAGCACAUCGAUUCUCCUGCCUUUUUCGAGGAUCCGACUUCGUUGAAGCAGGUUCCAUGUCCACAUCUAGUAGAUCCUGCCGAAAAGUACAUAUCUUUGAUCAUUCCUGCAUUCAAUGAAGAGCACAGACUUCCUGCAGCUCUUGAUGAAACAAUUGACUAUCUCGAUAAACGGGCAGCAAUGGAUAAGUCUUUUACUUAUGAGGUACUUAUUGUUGAUGAUGGAAGUGCUGAUGGAACAAAAAGGGUGGCAUUUGACUAUGUAAGGAAAAACUCGGUUGAUAAUGUAAGGUUUAUCCUUCUCGGGCGAAAUCAUGGUAAAGGAGAAGCAAUUAGAAAAGGCAUGCUUCAUGCACGUGGUGAAAUACUUCUAAUGCUGGAUGCAGAUGGAGCAACAAAGGUUAACGAUCUGGAGAAGCUUGAAAAUAAGAUCCGUGCAGUUGCAAGUGCUGAAGAUACCAAGGAUGGAAAGUCAGGUUUUAGGAUAGCUGACAUCCCGGUAGCUGCAUUUGGUUCCCGUGCUCAUCUUGAAGAGAAGGCUUUGGCAACAAGGAAAUGGUACCGUAAUUUUCUGAUGAAAGGAUUCCAUAUUGUGGUUCUCAUGGCUGCCGGCCCUGGUAUACGCGAUACCCAGUGUGGUUUUAAGAUGUUUACAAGGGCUGCUGCAAGGAAGCUUUUCACAAAUAUUAGGCUCAAAAGAUGGUGCUUCGACGUCGAGCUGGUUUUCCUGUGCAAACAGUUUGGCAUCCCGAUGCUGGAGAUUUCAGUCAACUGGUCGGAGAUACCAGGGUCGAAGGUCAACCUAUUAAGUAUCCCCAACAUGCUGUGGGAGCUUGCACUAAUGUCAGUGGGAUAUAGGACCAGAUUGUGGAAAAUUUCCUAUUGAAUCUUCAGAAUAGAGAAAUAUAUGCAUGUCCUUCCCUUGUCCACACUAACUCUGAAGGAAGGGAUGGAAGUUGUCUUCUUCCUAUAGCAAACCACCAAUGUCCUUCCUCACUAGGCACCAACCUCACUUUUACACUGCAGCUGUUUAGGACAAUUCCUUGUAGAAAACCAAAAAAAAAAACCCCCCUCUUUUGACAUUUAUAUCUCAAUUCAGGCAGACACUUUCUCAAGUUUUCUUCUUUUAUCACAUUUUUGGGCAGGUGAUUCUAUUCCAACGGAAUCGAUCAUGUUACUGAUCAUAAACUCGGUUUCCUGUGGUAUCAUUCCCUCUCCUUACCCUAAUUUACCUCAGGUAAUUCAUUUUCAAUCAAAUAAUGAAUUGUCACAUUAUAUGUUUGCAAUUAAACAACAACUCCUCCAACGAAAGCCAACAUAUAGAUUUGAAAAGGGUUGGUUGCACAGAUCCAAGUAUCACGUGCUUAACUCGCUGCCUGUAGCAGUUUUAUUUCUAAACAACAGAAGUUACUGCUUUCUGGGUUGUCACAUGAAAUCAUAGACCUCGUACCUCAUGAAACAAUCAUCAAGCGUUACCUGAUCGCCGACCUUGUAGAGGCUCCGACACCCAGUCACCAAGCGGCUCUGCGCAUCGUUGCAACACUCCUCGCAUCGGGGAAUGAGCUUCGCCUCGUCGGUGCAUAUUCGCUACCCAUAAGCCACUGGAUUUUUGUGGUCGGGAGAGCACAAAUCGACGUCGAUAGUAGGCACGAGGGCAGAGUCCAUUUCGGACAGAUCGUCGAGAACUUUAUCGAAAUCGGAUGCGAAACUAUACGCCACCGAGUACACUUUGUCGCUGCACCAAGUUUUUCCCGGCGUCAGGGGCGACACAUCGUCUCCAGUUGCCGCAACUGUACAUACUAAUACAACAAUACACAUUAACAUUAACG